UGAAUAAACCGAGUGAAAGUGAUGGGCCAUCCUGCGAUACAUUGUGUAUUAUUUUACUCAGUAGUAUUAUUGGAGGUUUAAGUUUUCUUUUCGCCCUUUUCCUUUUGGUCAUAAUCAUUUUACACUGCUCCGUAAAACCAAAAUUAACAAAGAUUAGACUAAGGGACACAAAAAUAUAUUUAGAAUGGACUGACAGCCUAAAUUGUUGUUGUCAAAGGAUUUUUGGAUAUAACAUCGUUCGUAACCCGAUAAAAGGGCAAGUGAAGGAUAAAACUUGUCAAAAAUCCACAAAAGAAAACCAUUGCACACUGAAAAAUCUCGAUCCAAUGACCAUUUAUAAGAUAAGCUUAUCCAGGACAUUUUGCUGUUUUAAGAGUUCAGCACCAGAAAGAUAUGUAAUUACACGAAAAAAAGGUAUGCUGAAUGAUCAAGAAUAUAAUGCAAAUGCAACAAGUAUUUUUGUACGAUGGACUAAACCUGAUUGUAUUUCGAACCUGCCAUUGAAGUACCAAGUAACAAGCAAUAAGAUUCAGCAAAAGGAAACCGACGAAAUCAAACAUACGUUAGUGAAUCUUAUUCCAACUGAAACGUAUGAAAUUGAAGUAUUUACCAUAUACAAUGGAAAAAGCUGCCUUCUAUUAGCAGAGGAAAUUACAGCAGCGCCAAUAAAACUGUGCCUAAAAGAUGUUUGUUAUGUGCCGGAUAAUGCUACAAUUAACAGCAAAAUUACAUGGACAGUUAAAUACCAUGAUUCACCCGACUUUAUCAGCGGAUCAGACAAAGUCGGUGUAAUUUGUCGCUGGAAGGAAACACAGGUUCAUAGAGGAAAGGUGGCGAUCACAGAUUCAAGAUAUACUAUACCGGGCCUAUAUCUCGAUCGUACAUAUACUGUUUAUGUAUACGUUAUUUACAUGUCGGUUAAUGUUGAACCACCUGUCAAAAUUAAACUGAAGCCAUAUAAACCGACUAAUUUGAAAUAUACUGAAAAGUCAACAGAGAUUGAUGUUGAAUGGACGAGACCGGAUUAUACCGGCAGCCAACAAUUGCAAUACCUAGUCACUUGCGAUGGGGAUGACGUUGGGGAACCCUCCUCUACGACAGCAUGCAUGAAAACCGGUCUCGUUCCCGGUAAAACAUAUGAAAUAAAAAUUUAUACCUUAAUCAAUCUGAUGAAGAGUCAACCGUUGGUAGAGAAAAUUACUACAUCGCCUCAUAAACCAACUAACUUGACAUUUACUGCAACGUCAACACAAAUUGAGUUAAAAUGGGAGAAACCUGAGGAUGCCAGCAACCAAAAAUUAGAAUACGAAGUCACUUGCAAUCAGGUACAAGUUAAAACAACCUCCAAUACAUCAUGCAAGGUAGAAAACCUCAAUUCUCGUCAACAAUAUGACAUAGAGAUAUUUACAGUCAUAAAUGGGAAAAAGAGUCUUCCAUUAAAACAGAAUAUUAGAACACAGCCUUCGCCACCGAUAGCUUCACAUUCAAACAUAACCGGUCAACAGACGGUCUUACCCGAGAUCCCAUUACAUAAUGUAAACCUCGUUUCUCAGAAAAGAGUUUGACCAAAACCAUUUAGGUAAACACAAUCGCAAAAAUUUCGUCGAGGCGGUUUAAGCAAGCAAAACCUUGGAAAACGAAUCGACCAGUGUUUUUAACAAAACUUUGUGUUUGUAACAGUUCAUAUUGACAAGCGACAUCUGAUGUAGAUCGUGCGCUUUAACCUGCUGAACGAAAUUGUUUGAAAUCAUUUACACAUUUAUUUAAAAGUUAAUAUAUUAUUUUGUUAUUUUUUGUAUUGGUUCAUUCAUUUAUUACUUGAUUUAAAUCACAUUGUACGGCUUUUUUCAAUAUUUUACUAAAUGCGGUUUACCUAUUUUAAUUUUAUAAUUUUAUGAGAAAUAUGGUUAUGUUCUGUUUUACUCAGAAAAAUUUAUAUCGAGAUUUCAGACAUAAUAUUUUUGCAAUUAUUUGUUUGUUACUUUAACGUUAUUUGACAGUGAUAUAUUUUGUCAAGUGACAGAGAUAUGUUUACAUGUCAUUGAGUAAAUUGAAAAAUUUAAUUAAAUUGAUCAUUCAUUUUAAGAUAUUUUAGAAAUAUAAAGAAAUUGCAUUUUUCAUGAAACGACUGUUACAUAUAAAUGCUUUAAAAUGUCUAGGUGUAGACAGUUUUAUCAUAAUAAUGAAAAUUAACGGGUUCCAAUAAUUAUACAUCAGAAUAGUAAAUGACUUGAUACUUCAGUACAGAAUUACGUACAAUUCAAAUUACCUAUUAUUUGAUCGAUUUCGCACGACACAACAAAUUAUUUGUAAAACAAAAGAUAGAUAAAGAAGUUAAAUUGAAAAAAAAAUAUUAUCAAAAUGAACUGGUUCAAGUAAGAAGAAAUUCAUUAUCAAUAUGUAAUUGCGGUUAUUGUGAUUGAAUCAGUUUUAUAAAAAUAAUUGUUUUGGACUUUUACAUUUCUUUAUAAAUUUUCUUAUGUAUUUUUUAUCUAAUUACUGUGAAGUGAGAAGUUAUCAUUAGAAACAACCUCAUAAAGAAUCACUUUUCUUUUGAAUUUACGUUUAUCAUGUUGCUUUAGAAACCAUAAUUUGAUAAAUUGUGUGCUUUACUUUAUUCAAAUUGUAUAACGUAUGAUAUAGUCUUUUAAAUAAUAAAGAAUAAGUCUU